UGGAAUGGAAUGGAAGUUCAAGUAGAUGAAGAAGACAUAAGGAGGCUGGAGAAUUGUUAUGUUGGACAAGCAAAAUGCCCAGAAAUCAUCAGCACCCUUCAAGAUACAUUUGCAAUGGAAGGAUAUUUCUUAGCUAAGGUUACUCCAAUGGGAGGUAACUUAGUGUUACUGCCAAGUGGGGAUGAAGAGGAACUUAAACAUCUCGUGGUUGAAGGACAUGAAUGGCUUGCACAGUGGUUCACAGACGUAAGACCAUGGACUCCAGAAGAAGUGGCAACGAAGAGAUUUACAUGGCUUAGAUGUCAAGGAGUGCCAUUGCACAUAUGGAAGUGUAAUUUCUUUGAAACAGUGGCAUGCAUGUUCAGAAAAUUUGUAUCAUUAAACGGGAGCACCAUUAAAAAAUCUAGGUUGGAUGUGGCAAAGAUCUUAAUUAUGACUCCAUUGCAGGAAAACAUUAAUAAGGUCUUGAAGAUCAAAGUGAAGACCAAGCUUUUCCAUAUUAGGAUCAGUGAGGAAGUUGGAGUGGACAACACAUUUUCACUCCGUUCAGAUUUCUCUUUAUGUAGAACUGAUGAUUCCAAUGCAGAAUGUUGGCCUGAAGGGUCCAACUCGUUAGUUGAGCCAAGUUUUGGUCCAAAAUGGAGGGAAUUGGGCCUUACCAUAAACUUUGGGCCAAUAGAAGGGACAGAGUGCAACCAUUCAAUGGAACAACAUAAAGAAAUGGCCCAAAACCAAGAAGUUGACAAAGGAGAAGAGAAGGUUCCAGAUGGGAAAAGUAGUCAAGAGGGAGAUUAUAACAACGGGAACAAAGACUCCAAUUGCAAAGCUAUACCAGUAUUAGCAGGAAAAGCGAAGAGCAACGAUGAUUACUCAAUUGAAGAAGAAAGGAGAACUCGGCCUUUUUGGGAAGGCUUGGCAAGUGACAAUGAAAUCUUGCAAUCAAGGGCAGAGAGAUUAGCCAAACAAAGAAAGAUGGAGAAGAAAAAGGUAAAGCUAAGGAAGGUAACAACAAGGAGGAAGGCAUAGCAGAAGCAAAAGCCAGAUCUACAAGGAAGAACAAAAAAUGCACAACAGAAGAGGAGAUUCGAUUGAGGGGGGGUGUGAAUAAAGCCAAUCCUGGAGC